AUGAAACAGAGAGAUGUGAAUAUCGACUAUGGACCUCACGCUGAUCAGCAGAUGAUUGACCAAUCAUUGUUGGCCGAAGAAGUAGAUGUGAUUCUGAGAAGAUUACAGGUGUCUGAAGCAGAACGGGAUCGAAUCCAAACUGAAUCAGUAGGACAGUUUGGCAAUGCGAUAUUCGAAACUGAACGAAAACUGAGGCUGACAGCAUCAAUGUUUGGUAAGGUGAUCAAGCGAAGACCAUACACGUCGUGCCAUAAUAUGGUGAAGGAAUGUUUGAAACCUAGUUCCUUUUGGUCAGAGGCGACUGACUAUGGCAUAGCUAAGGAGAAAGUUGCCAUUGGUAUAUUUGAGAGGAUAAAGAGUCUGCAUGUCCAGGAUUCUGGUUUUUGGAUCGAUCUUCAAUAUGGAUUCUUGGGUGCUUCUCCUGAUGGAAUCGUUUUGAGUGAAGAUUCGAUGAUAGAAGUCAAAUGUAUUUAUUCAGCUAGUAAAUUAGAACUGAAAAAACACACAUUGGAUGAAGUAAUAGACAUUAUGAAAAGUAAAAUAUGCUUGGAAAGACAUGAUGAUCAAAUAAGAUUGAAACGAACUCACAACUAUUACUAUCAAAUUCAAGGACAACUGAACAUUGCGCGAAAAUCGAAAUGUUACUUCAUCGUUUAUAUCAACGAUGCUAUUGAUUUAUUCGUGGAGGAGAUAGAGAGGGAUGCCAAACUUUGGGAAGAAAAAAUGUGUCCACUUUUAGUACAGUUUUACAAGGAAUGUAUCUGCCCAGAAAUUAUUAUGGAUAAUAUAGGAAAAGGUAGAAGAUGCAAUGAUCCGCCAUUCAUUUCAGAAGCGAUAACUCUGCAAGAAGAGAAGAAAAGGAAAAUAUCGAAGGUCAUCAAUCCCGUGAUUGUAAACUCUGCUGACAAAGAAAGUAUUCAAAUAUUGAGACAUGUGGUAGUUCCCUUUGAAUUAACAUCUGUUUUUCAAAAAAUUGCUGAGAACAAUACAUCUGAAAAUAUUGAAUGCUGUGGAAUUUUGGCAGGGCGAUUAGAGAAUAAUAAACUCAAAAUAUCCCAUAUGAUCGUACCAAAGCAGACAGGCACUUCUGACUCAUGUACGGCAUCCCAUGAAGAAGAAAUACUCCUGUAUCAAGAGCAACAUGAUUUGAUAACCAUUGGAUGGAUACAUACUCAUCCCACACAAACUGCAUUCCUCUCCAGUGUGGACCUUCAUACCCAUUGCUCCUAUCAACUAUUGAUACCAGAAGCCAUUGCGAUUGUUUGUGCACCAAAAUAUAAACAAAUUGAAUAUUUCAAUCUCACCCCAACGAACGGCAUGACAGUCAUCAGUAAAUGUAAAAAAUCUGGUUUCCAUCCCCAUCCAAGUGAACCACCACUUUUCAAAUCAGCAGACCACGUUAGAAUAGAGAAUGAUGCAACUCUGGAAGUUAUUGACCUUCGAAUGCUCGAGUGA